GAGAGAGGAAGGUGGAAUAGGAGAGGGCACCAUGGUGAGGAAAGUUAGACCAAUGGAGGGAACCGUGAAGUGGGGGAGGAACCAAAUCAUGAGCAGAGAAAAAGCCACCAGGAAGUGGAACUAAAGGAGGAAGAGGUGGCAGGAGAAACACAUUUGGUCACCACUGGGAUAUCUGGAUGGUCUUGCCAUGUUUGGUACAUGAGGAUUAUUCCUCCUGAUCUUUUCCCCACUGGUAUCGUCAACGGGAGAGUUGUAUCGGUUCGAGUGAAGGUGAAGUUGCUUUGAGGAUUCUGCUUGAGAGAGACCAUUUAGUGAGAGGAGUGACAAGUUUCCAGGUCCAAUUCGACUGAGGAGCUGGGGUAACAAGGACCCAAGGGCCGCAUCUUCUAGCUUCCUUUCUAUUUCCUGGUGGACCUUUCCGUGCCAAGAUGGAUCCCUUGCUAGGAGUGAAAAUCGGCUGCUUGGCGGGCCUGCUGGUGGUCCCUCUCCUUUGUGGACUCAUCCCAGCUCAAGUCCAGUGGUUCCAGGUCAACAUGGCCAGAGGGAAGCAUCGGCGCAUCCUUAGCUUUAUUGGCUGCUUUGCGGCCGGUGUCUUCCUUGGGGCCUGCAUUAUGCACAUGGUGGCCGACGCAUUGGGGGACAUCCGAGAGGAAAUAGAAAAGCAACAGGGAAGUUUCGUCUCGAAGCAGAACAGUACAUCUGAAAGUGAUGAUUCUGAGGGAUACCCAUUUGGAGAACUCAUCAUCUCGUUCGGCUUCUUCUUGGUGUUUUUCAUUGAGAGCAUGGUGCUGUACUGCUGUCCUCAGGCGGUUCAUUCGCACAGCGAUCCCGAAGCCCACGACGAUCACAAGGGUGCGCCCGAAUCGCACAGCUCCUUCCGAGCGUUCGUGCUCUUCCUUUCGCUCUCCUUCCACUCGGUCUUUGAGGGCCUCGCCAUUGGUGUGCAGAAGGAGGAGACGGGGGCUGUUCAGCUCUGCCUGGCCGUGCUGAUCCACAAAGCCAUCGUGGCCUUCAGCUUGGCCUUGAAGCUCGUGCAGAGUGGCACCAGGACCCAGUGGAGGCUUCUUUACCUGGUGGUCUUUGCCCUGAUGUCCCCUGCUGGUAUUGCAAUAGGAAUUGGGGUGUCACUUUCUGACAGUGAUGGAAGUGGCCUGGCUCAGGCUGUGCUGGAGGGGGUGGCAGCCGGGACGUUCCUUUAUGUCACCUUCCUAGAGAUCCUGCCCUAUGAACUGCGCUCACAUGAAAGCCCUCUUCUCAAAUUCUUCUUCAUCAGCCUUGGCUUCUUUAUCAUGGCCGUCAUUGCUAUUUGGGCAUGAAGGACCUGUUGCGCAAGGUCUUCAUGGAAACCGAUCACUAUUUCUCGGACCAAAAAAGCACAACUUUAAGAUUGCCCAAGAAAGGGAAGACAAGGGAAGACAAAGAUUUCCAAAUCAACGCAUUGGAUCGAGAGACCAAGAUAUGUGAACCUGUGCCGCUUUCCCCUGAGUUCAUGGAAGCCAUCGCCAAUGUCAACAGACUAGGCCAAGAGAUUGACAUGAGCAAUCUUCCUGAGUCUUCCUGAAGGGGCACAAUAAGGGGGGCUUUUGCUUGAAAGGAAUUCUCAGUUUAAAGAAUAAAGACAACUUGCAAGUUUUCAUGGUAUGGAUGAAAACAUGCAAUGUGGUGUUUCAUGUGACUUUAGGUAGGCAGAGGGGUUGGAGUAGAUGAGAGAUCUGACCCCAAGCAAGAGACUGGUCUCUGUUCUGCCUUAGGCUGGGGGGAAAGGCGCCUCCAUCAUAAACGGGCCUUCUUCCAACUUAAGCUGCUCUUCCGUUGGAGGAAGGCUUCACACUUCGCUAGCAGAGUGGUGCUGUACAUACCAAUGGCCCUCUUCAUUUGCUACCUUGUUCUUACUUCCAGUCACUCUUUUUUGUCAAGGAGGGUAGUAGUAUCCAAGAAUUUCCUCCAAGGCUUGAGGGGUUGGUUUGGAAAAUGUUGCUCCAUACACGUUAGUCCCAGGUCUUCCUGUUUUGGGUUAACUAUUCUGAAGCAGACGUUGCCGUUUGUAGCAUUUUGUGACCAAUUAUCCAAGUUACUGUCAUGACAGCUGCUCAUUCUAGGAUUUUUGUUUGCAGCAGCUGAACUCCAAUUAAUCUCUUACUAAGCCAUGUAAAUAUACUUCCUAGUUCUGAUAUUUGGGGUUCUGGCUGUUCUGCCAGCUGGCCAGUGAUUAGACCCGAGUUGGAACUUCUGUGAUGCUUCCACUGAGAUCAGACUUGCCAGUCUCGUGAUUCUCUUGGUAAUGAUGUUUGCUUCCUGCUUUGGCUGGGAUACAGGUUGCAUGACACAGGGAUGGUGGUUCUUGGUGCUAUUCCUGCUGCUUCCAGUAUGCCUGUCUUUCAGCCAGGUUUUGGAUGGCACGGGCAGCAGGAAGGCAAAAACCUUCAACAAUGAAGCGUGCCUUGCACAGUGAAUAAAGUUAUUUGUG